AGUGUGGUAGUUUUAAAGUACAAAAGGAAAAGCUAAAAGCUUCGCGCAAACGCUUUGAUUGAUGUUUGCUUUACCUUAAACUCUUCCCUUUAUUGUCCUUUUCCGUUUAUCCUUCUGUUUGGUGAGAGAGAAAGUGGGAUGCGGAGACUGAGAAAAUCGGAAGAAAAUUAGCGAUGGUGGUCAGAAAAGUAGGGAAGUAUGAGAUUGGAAGAACAAUUGGCGAAGGAACCUUCGCGAAGGUUAAGUUCGCGCAAAACACGGAGACCGGCGAAAGUGUUGCCAUGAAAGUCCUCGAUCGCAGCACCAUUAUCAAGCAUAAAAUGGUCGAUCAGAUCAAAAGGGAGAUAUCUAUAAUGAAGCUUGUUAGACAUCCUUACGUUGUUCGUUUGCACGAGGUUAUAGCGAGUCGAACUAGGAUUUAUAUCAUCUUGGAGUUCAUUACUGGUGGCGAAUUAUUCGAUAAAUUAGUUCAUAAUGGUCGUUUUAGUGAAGCUGAAGCUAGAAGAUAUUUCCAACAGCUUAUUGAUGGUGUGGAAUUUUGCCAUAGCAAGGGAGUCUACCACAGAGAUUUGAAGCCUGAAAAUCUUUUACUUGAUUCCCAAGGAAAUUUAAAGAUUUCAGAUUUUGGCCUUAGCGCGUUGCCAGAACAAGGAGUUAGCCUACUUCGGACCACGUGUGGAACUCCCAACUAUGUAGCACCAGAGGUUCUUAGUCACAAGGGGUAUGAUGGUGCUGUGGCGGACGUCUGGUCUUGUGGGGUCAUCCUUUAUGUUCUGAUGGCAGGUUAUCUUCCAUUUGAUGAGCUUGAUCUCACCACACUAUACAGUAAGAUUGAGAGAGCAGAGUUUUCUUGCCCUUCUUGGUUUCCUAUGGGGGCAAAAUCCUUGAUUCAUAGAAUUCUAGAUCCAAAUCCUCAAACUCGAAUUACAAUUGAGCAAAUCAGGAGUGAUGAGUGGUUUAAGAAGAGCUAUGUUCCUGCCAGACUUCUCGAGUAUGAAGAUAUUAACUUGGAUGAUGUAAAUGCUGUUUUUGACGAUCCCGAGAUUGAUAAGGAAGAAAGAGGUGAUGAGCCAUCAAGAAAUGAGAAUAUGGGUCCUUUGAAUCUUAAUGCAUUUGACUUGAUCAUUCUCUCUCAAGGCUUGAAUCUUGCAACACUUUUUGACCGUGGGAAGGACACCAUGAAGCACCAGACAAGAUUUGUUUCACGGAAGCCAGCAAGGGUUGUUCUGUCUAGCAUGGAAGUUGUUGCUCAAUCAAUGGGCUAUAAGACACACAUUCGCAAUUAUAAGAUGAGAGUUGAAGGCCUUUCAGCUAAUAAGACUUCUCAUUUUUCAGUUAUCCUCGAAGUUUUCGAGGUUGCUCCCACGUUUUUGAUGGUGGAUAUUCAAAAGGCAGCUGGUGAUGCCGGGGACUACCUAAAGUUCUACAAGACAUUUUGUAGCAACCUGGAUGACAUCAUAUGGAAACCACCUAACGAAUCAAGCAAAUCAAGGAUCACAAAGUCCAAGAGUAAAAGACGUUGAACAUUGCCCGUAUUUUGAGUCCAUAAUCACUAUGUAUACGUAGGAUUACAAGUUACAACCUCGACGUUGACGUAACGGCUUACCUAACCCUUCCAAACUCCUCUGCAGCCCCAAAGAGGAAUAGGAAAAACAUAUAUGUAUGUAUAGUAUUUAUCUGGACUUUCUGUGUGCUUAAUGUUUGUAAAGCUUUCUUUGAUUUGAUCCAUAAUUUAUUUCCUUGAGCAAAAUGCUAUAUGUUGCAACCAUGCUGUAAACACGCAAAGUACCCGAGUUUAUCAAAUGGAGAAUGUCAUUUUACGGUUCCUCAAAA